AUGAGUGUCAGUGAUGCUGCUGUUCGAUCGGCUACGCCAGCCGAUCCAAGUUUCACCUCUGCUAUGGAUGUGGGAGCAUCAACUCCGUUCCUGUGGGCUUUUGAGGAGCGGGAAAAAUUGUUGGAAUUCUAUGAAAGAGUCUCGGGAGCCAGGAUGCAUGCCAGUUUCAUACGACCAGGUGGAGUGGCACAAGAUCUGCCUCUUGGCUUAUGUCGAGAUAUUGAUUCCUCCACACAACAAUUUGCUUCUCGUAUCGACGAAUUAGAAGAGAUGUCAACCGGCAACCGUAUCUGGAAACAACGAUUAGUGGAUAUUGGUACUGUCACUGCACAGCAAGCAAAGGAUUGGGGAUUCAGUGGUGUAAUGUUAAGAGGUCGUGUAAUCCACGCCAGCCGAUCCAAGAGACAACUAAAUCUGCUGUUCGAUCGGCUACGCCAGCCGAUUCAAGUUUCACCUAAGACUACUGUUCGAUCGGCUAUGCCAGCCGAUUGA